AUGGCCUGGCCACGUCAGUUACGAUGUACGGUCAUGAACGCCGCAGGGCCCGACGCUGGGCUGGGGCCCAGCGCGCCCUACAGCUCGCGCUCUCUGAGUUCGCGGCGCACUGCGCAGAACAGCGCCAGGGCCCAGAGCAGCGCCCGAGGCGGCGCCGGGCAGGAGCCCAGCCUCGACGCGGAGGCGCACUGGUCGGCGCGUGUGCCACCGGUCGCCCAGUGCGGCGCGGACUGCACGCCCGAGUCCGAGGUGAUGCCCCCCUUGUCGGCGCGCGCGCCGAGCUUGUCGACCGCCCGCAGCGGCGGCAGCCGCGGCAACGUUCCCGCUGGCAGGCCGUUCAACCGGCGGCUGUCGCAGAGCGGGUUUGGUUUGUACGUGGACGUGACCAUGCCGACCAGCGAGGAGGGGCCCACGCCUUCGAAGUUGGUUUUGUGA